AUGAAGGCUCCUCGACAUUUGCUGCAUCAGGCUUUCAGGCCAGCCCUGUCUGCGCUUUCUCUUGGAGCUCCUUCGCGACUCGUGCAUGGUGCCGUGCUUGAGAGCAUCAUCCACGUCCAAAUCAACACAUUGCAAUUAUCUUUGUUCCAUCCAUCAUGGCUAGCACACCACUCGUCGGCCGAAGCGCCCGUUGCAGCGCUCGUAUCAAAGGCGGCUCGAAUCGGCAACCAUCACUCGCUGCUCUUGUCACAGUCGCCCAACGAUGGAGACUCAUCCAAUACCCCUCGCGAGCAUGGAACGGGCAUCUCUGACCACGAGUAUCAGACCAGAGUUGGCAAGGCGUGCCGUGUCAUCGUCGACAGUCUCCCUGACUUUAUGCACAAGGGCGUCGUAGAUCUCAAGGACCUUGAGCCUGAGUGUGCAUCGUCAUCCUCUCGUGAACACUCUGGCUGGAGUGCAAAGAAGCUGCUUCCAAGUCUGUCACCCUUCCUAGGGCAGAGUUUGCUUCGAAGAUCCGCAUGGGGAUACAAGGGCAAAGCCAAGUCAGAGGACGCCGUUGCCGCAAUAGAGUUCGACAGCCUCUACCAUCCUUCCAUCGCUUUCGAGUUUCGGCCUCCUGUCCCCCAUCUCGGCCUAGGCAAGUCGGACGAUGGCAACGCCGGCGCAUCCGCUUCCAAAGGGAUUGGCAAGCUUUUGAAUGCGUCUGAGAAUCCGAACCAAACGUCCUUGGACGUUCUCGAUGAGCACUCGCGCGGCGGGCCCACAAUCUACUUCAACGGCCGAACCUUGUAUGUAGCCAGCUCGCACCUGCUCCGCCAUGCUCUCUCGGCGCUCUUCCACGACACGUCGCUCCAUCUCGAAUCAGCCCGUUUCGAGGGCCGCUCCACGGCGGGUAGCGCGUGGCCUGGCAUCAGCCCCUACAUCCGUCACAGCACGCCUAAUCGCACCAGAUCCGACAUUGCGACUUCUCCGGUUCGACAGUGGCACGACAAGCUCGUCGUGCGGUUGCGAUUCGAGGGGAUCUCGCGUGUCACAUCCCAUCCGCAUACCUAUACCGUCAUCUUCAAGUACGAGUUUGAUCGAAACACGGGGAUGAUCGCUCGUCAUGUCGUCGACAACGUUCAGCCGGUUCCGGGGAGCAAAGUUUGGGCCGGGCUCACAAACGCUUGGGGCACGCUGAGCCCUUGUGGUGCUACUGGAGGCGGUCCGGCUGGCGCGGUGGAGGCUCGCCUGCUUGUUCGACGUCCAAGGCUACCGCUGCAAGGUAAGCCAGACGAGCAAAGUCGACGCCAACAGACCAAGGCGUCUCGGACGACUUUUGUGAGGUCGAUAAUGACUGCAAGCUGGUAG